UUCACUUCCUUCUUUGAGGGUCAGUUAUCGCUGGAAGUUAUUGGAAUCACGUUACCAACAAAUGUCUGACUCAAUCAUCGAAACAAGUAUUUGUUUUCUAACAGAAAUUUGGACCAAUGAAGGGGAUUCAUCUUUACUUUGUAUAAGACUGAAGCAGCAGAAUCAAGAUGGCCGACAGCCCUACAGUCAGUCCCAGACAUACAUGAAGCAACACUGUCGAGGGACGCCCUCAGGCGUCGCCCUGUGUUCAGACGAUGACUGGGUUUCUAAAUGCCCCUCUGGCUGCAGACUCCAGGGUCUGAUCUUGCAACUAGAGAGCAAGGUGGAGAGGAGACUGAGGAUGGUGUGUAAGACAGCAAAGAUGUAUGAAGACAUGUCUGAGAAGUCCAUGACGGUGACGACACGCAUCUACAACUACAACCGGAGAGUCAUCGUCAACAGAUACAUGUCAGAGCUGAAGUUUGUGGAAAACGCCGAAGGAUUGACGAGGAACCUUACGUUGCUACGGAAACGGUCAUCCAAGCUGUCGCUACAACUGGUGGAGCUCCGCGGCAACGUCCAGAAACAACUGGAGGACUUGUAUCGAGCAGAGGUGGACAUUGACAUGAAGCUGCGAGCCUGCUCUGGGUCCUGCCGGUCGCUGUCACCGUUCAGCGUCGAUCAUCUCGGCUAUCAGUCGCUUCAAGCUGACAUGGAGCAGAUGGACAAGCAGACAAAGAAGUCCGCUACGCCUCCUGAAGACGUCCCACACGUCAAGCUGCAGCCUGUUGACGUCGGCCCGGAGCCGUCGGCAGAGUAUAAGACCAUCCCAACCGUCCAGAGGGAACUGUUGACCCAGUUUGAGGACAUCGGACAGAACCAGGUUGUUCUGGAGGAGCUGCUGGAGGCGGUUGAUCCUGCAGAGCUGGAGUGAAAGGGCUCCACGGAGGCAGGUUUGAUAGAUCACAGUGGAAGUGAAGAGUGGGUGUUUCUGUUUCUUUUCAGCAGCGCUUUGUAACUCAGUUUGGAGAGGGCCUUUUCCAAUAAACACAAUCACUGUUUUUAUUUCUGCUUAUUUAUAACACUGCGCUCUCUUGUGCACGUUAAAAAUACGUUUGUCCAGACAUGCAUGAAGACGGAAGACGGCUUAACAGUUGUGUAACGAGUUAAAAAUCUUUUAUAUAAACUUAUGAAUAUGGGCACGGGUAAAAAUAAAGUUAAAUCAGGCGGCAGCCGGUAAGAACAAAAUUUAAAUUUAUUUUCAUGGAGAAAUCGGGUUGUGCGGUAUUUUUAACAUCUAAAUCUAGGACUGCAAUAAAAAAAAAAUAUAUAUUUCCGAUUAAUCAGUUGAGUGUUAUUUUCUUGAUUAAGCGAUUAGUUGUUUGGUCUAUAGAUGUAACAAAAUGUUUCCAGUGUUUCCCAAACUCCAAAUAUUUUCACUUUACUGUCACAGAGCAGGAAAGAAAGCAGAAAAUAAUCACAUCUAAUAAGUUGGAAUCAGAGAAUUUUGACUUUUAAUUACUCAGACCCGCUAAUUGAUUAUUAAGUCAGUUGGCAGUUAAUUUAAUAGCUAACAAAUAUGUAAUUAAUCACUUUAAUCAGCUAAUAUUAUCAAGCCUCAUCAGAUGGUAGAUUUUGUGAAAGCCUAAAAACUUUCACCCCUAAAUUCACAUUCAGCCAGAUAACGGGGCAUCACUGGUAUGUACAGCCCCACAGCAGCAGCAGCCAGUCGUGCAUUGGACUUUUCCCCCACUUGCCCCCUGCGUGUACACACCAGCUCCCACAGUGGCUCUGUGUCUCUGCUCCUAUAGCAGCUCGACUCCUCUCCUCACCAUGGAUGCAUAAAGAGAACUGACACGACGCGUCGCAGCGCUGGUUUGUUUUCAGCUUUACCCUCACCCAAAAGGCCCUGACACACCAAGCCGACAGUCAGCCGUCGAUCAAAGUCGGGCCGUCGGUGAGCGUCUGUCAGCCUAGUUUUUGCGGUGUGUCCCGCACCGUCGGCACUUCGGCGGCAGCGGCUUUUUGGCUGAUUGAGCAUGUUGAAUCGGCGGCAGAGUUUGUCGGUGAGAGAGAUCACUCUGAUUGGCUGUUCAGGUUUUAUUUCCUCGCCCCUGUAGCGAGUGAAUCUGCCUGUAGUGAAACCGGGGCUAACCGGUGCUUCCUCCUCAGGCUCCACUUCACUCAGCUGCCCCACAGACCCGCUGCUUCUUCCCACUUUAACCUGAAUAACAAACCGGAGCUAGCUGGGAGCGGCUAGCGGAGUGUUAGCCGCAGCAUGACCGGAGGGAAGCACAGCCAGUUAGCCUCCGCUAGUCUCUGAGCUAGCCCCGGCUCUCCGUUUGGAUCCAACCGGAGCACCGAGCCCUGGUUUGUUAUUCAGGUUAAAGUGGGAAGAAGCAGCGGGUUUAUCGGGCAGCUGAGUGAAGUGGAGCCUGCGGAGGAAACACCGGGACCGUCUGGAUGUAAUAGUCCGUGGAGGUGCUGCGGUGCUCGGCUGCACAGAUAGGAAACCCCUCGGCUGACAGGAUGUACCACUCUCUCACUCCGCUCUCUCUCACGCAGGCGCAGAACGUACGUGCUACUUGGCCGUCGGAUGUAGUCCGUGUAGUGUGUUCAAAUGCAACUGACACAGGGCGACGUGAGGCGACGUAGACGACACAACAGUUGGCUUUCGUCGCCGCUAGUUCUUUGAUGUCGGUUUGGUGUGUCCGCACCUUUACCAAUCUCAUUCCUCUUGCCUAAACCUGACCAGUAAAACCAACAAAGGCAGUAAAUGCUAACCAGUCAGAGGGAGGGUAGGGCAGGUCAUGACUUCGCCAUACUGGAUAAAACAGACGAACGUGGUGUCCAGAUUUGACUUGGAGAUAAUUGCGGGUCACUUCUGGUGCUGAGGCUACGUUGAUGAAUCUGAAGUAACCCUUUAUAACACAGUAACACAAACACACUAACUGAUGGAGGCAGCAGUCGACCAGCAGCUCCUGUGUGCAGCUGUCUUAAAUCACUGGUUUUCUAAAUGGAGUCUGGUGUCUUUGAUGAGAGCAUAGAUGGGGAACUGGAGCUGUGAUGGCUGCCCUGUGGGGACAGGCUGUGUGGUGGAAAGGUGACGCUGUUAGAAUAUUCUUGAGGUAAUGUACACUUCAACUGAUAUUGAUUUUUUUUAGGUGGCUAAAAUAUAUUUUGUUGUUGUUCGUCUCCUCAGCUGUAAGUUGCUUCGCUUACAUGUCAGACUCCAGGCAGCUGCUCCAAACUUGAGUGUUACUGACCGCCAUCUACUGUUUUAGUGAUGGGAUUUCUCGUUCACUUUGAAGAGCCGGUUCAAAGAUGCGGUUCGUUAUUUUUUUUUUUUUUUUUUUUUUCUCUGUCUUUGUGUGUGUGUGUGCUGACAGUCACAUCACUAUACUGUAUGGCUGUCAGCAUGUAUUUAGCACAGAAUGUUCUGGUUCUGCAAGUUGGCGAAGCUCUCAUCACCUCUGUUCACAAACUGGACACAUUUAAUAUCAAUGCAUGGAGAACACACUCCUCUUUGUUCCUCUGUCACAUUAUUUACGUCUCUGUCUCCACAGUUAGACACAGACACAGUUCCUGUCAGUACUCUGUACAGUCAUUUCUGUAAAUAUGUAACUCAUCCUGUGGUUCGUAUGUUCACACAUCAGAUAAUAAAAGACACUGGUGCACCAUUCUGUUUCCUCUGCUCACUCUUAUUAUACUUGUGUUGAGUUCUUGUCCUGAAACCAAAUGUGCAUCUUUGCAUUUUCCCCCAUGAUGUGUUUUAUUUUGACAAGCCAGAGCAGGAGGGAUUCAGUUUCCUGUCCAGCUGGGAUGUAAAGGAAUGAUGGUGGUGAGUACAUUUAGUGAGCGUGCAGUGAAAUAAGAACCAGAGCAGGCAGAGAUUAUGUUGCUCAAUGUGUUUAUUGAGUAGCGGAGGACAGUUGACAGCAACUCGUCCCAGUGCACACUGAAGACGUCACACAUAACGAGAGAGGACAGCUCACAGCACAUUCACUCACAACAACAACCAUGUUUCUCUUCAUCUUCUUAUCUGACAUGUUAUUAUUUCACUUUGUUUCUAAGCUUAAUGCUGCAUGUUCAUUUAUUACUGGUCGUUUUCAGC